AUGGAUAUGAUUAAAAUGAUAGCAUUAACUGUCUCACAGCGUUUCUUAAAAAAAUGUUUGCAGAUCUUAAUCGGUGUGCUGGCAUUAUCGAGUCUCGCUUUUUGUGUGGAGGAGGAGACUUUGUCUGAACAGCAAUUUCCUGCCAUUCCUGACCCAGCUGAGGACCGCUCCUCCCGUCGCCCCAUUGAAGAUCCCAAGUACCUGGGAUUCUGGAAGAAGAAGUUCGUACUGCGCCCCCGUUGGGUGAAGACCUGGCAAGAGAAAAAGAUCUACGUGGCCGUGUGGAAGCAUAUGUGGGGGCCUGUGGAGGUCAAGGAAUGGGUGCCCAUUCCCAGGCCGCCUCCUGGCUGGCUGAAGCCUGAGCCUGGGGCGUAUUUCGUCAAGUCCCCGCAC